AUGGAUCUGGAGCUACUGCUUCCUGCAAGCGCCUUUCCCGAGCGCCGGGAUCUUUGGCUGCUGAAGCGAUUCGGGGCACAGCUGGAAGGAGUUGACAUGGCGAACUGGACAGCGGCGACCUGGCAGCCCGGAUUGUUCUCCCGGGCGGGGCACCGACCCAUCCUCCGGAGACGUUUGGGGCUCUGGCGCUGUGGCCUCAGAUAUUCGAUCACCCUCGCCAAUUACUAUCUGGAGUGCCUGGCCCCCUGCGAGCGCGAAGACACGCUUCUGCCCGAGCUCUACCCGCUUUACAAGCGCCGAGAUUACGAUGGCUUCUGUGCGCUGCUGCAUGUCUUCGCAGCUCGUGCCGUGUGGCCGGAAGAGAUCGCAGCGAAGGACUGGGUGGGGAAUGCCACUGAUGGCGAUCUCCAGCCGCUUUGCUCGCCCAUCUCGCCCGAUGCAGGCCCCAACCUUUGCGAACCAGCAAUGCCGCUGCUGCCAUUGCGCCGGGCUUCGCUGGGCGGUCUCACUGUGCCCAGAGCGCGUGACGAGGAGUACUUCCUCACACGCCAUCUGCGCAGUCGACUUCACGACCGAAACUUCCAGUGGAAGUGCCUGGCACUCCCGAUCAAGGACUUCAGCAAACGCAACCACCUGAUCAUCGUCCACGGAGACCAGACUUUCCCGCAGCUUGCUGCACGACAUCUGCUGGCCUUGGCGCUCCAUUUGUCCGUGCAGCUGUCGCCGUUGCUGUGGUCGGAGCUGCUCAGCGACGACUGCAUGCAGCUCCUGGCCUCAGUGCGGAGCCGAUCUCGGAUGGUGGCAGGCCCUCGUGCUGCAACGGAGGCACCAGCCGCCCCAGGAGCUCGCCAGUGUGCUGCGGCAUCACUGGAACUGGACAAUGAAGAGGAGUGGGCAACGUCUGGGCCUUUCUCUUCCAACUGGUCGUUCGAUUGGACAGGUACGCUUCGACAUCGUGAGUCGGACCUGAGCAUCUCUCCGACCAAAGGAGUGAGCUGCGGUGGCCAAGAGUAUCCCCUGGCUGCCGGUGAUCUCCCAUGGCUCGCUCGCGAUCCCCACGAGGGCGCGCCAGCACGAAAUACUUUAGGGUUUAGAGUUGGGGUUUAG